CCAGCACUGAGUUAGGUGUAUAUUCAUAUUCUGCAGCUUAAAAAUCUAUGGAGGUCACGCAUUAUCUAGGGGGUGAAAAUUAUGUCUUUUGCAGUGGUUGGGAGGGUUACCAGACUCUCCUAAACACAGAUAUGGAAAGAGAGCUUAACCAUUUGGGGACUUCAAACUCAAUAUUGAAUGCAACCAUGCCACCUUAUCUGGUCACAAGUUGGGAUAUGGAUCAGUUCAUGACAGAUACAGUGGAAGCAACUGUGGUUAUGCUGAGUUUUGUGGGAAAUGUAUGUAAAUAAUAAUUUCUGAAUGCUUAUAAUUGCUGAUGAUUAAUGGUAUCCUUGUAGGCUACUUCUUGAUGUUUUUGUGCUACUUUGUCACUAAUACAAACACAAAGGACAUGCCUCA